AUGGAUAACCCCACCCCGCAAUCCAACCCAAACCCAAAUCCAACCGCAGACCCAGCAAACACAACAGACGACCAACGACAAAAAGAAGCGCUGGCAGCCUUCACCGCCACGCUUCACUCCGUUGGAACGAAUCUCGAAGCGCCGCUUCGCGACCGCGCAGCAAACAUUCAAUCCAACGCGGCUGUGCUGGAAAGUCAAGAAGCCGAGCUAGCGGAGAAUACGCAGCGAUUAGCGCGGCAGAACCAGCAGUGGGUUGGAUUCGCGGAUGAGACGCGCGACGGUUUAAAGGAGAUUGGGGAUGUGCAGAAUUGGGCGGAGAUGAUUGAGCGUGAUUUGCUGGCCCUAGAGGAUAUGAUGGAUGUUGUUGAGAGGGAUCAUGAGAGUGAGAAUGGCGAUGAGCGGGGAGAUGGCGAUGCGGAACUGAAUGAGGAUUUGGAGAAUGGCAAUGCAAAUGGGCAAAAUGGGCAUGUUGAUAUUGAUGCUAAUGGGAAGAAACUGGAUCAGCCGGCGAAAGGGUGGUUGCGAUGGUGGUGA